ACGAAACAUGACCUCCACGUCUUGCCAUGUCUGCGGAGCACCUGAAGUGGAGCCACAUUUUGGUGGAGUGUCUUGUAGAGCCUGUGCCGCAUUCUUCCGAAGAUACUUCCAUUCCAAAAAGUCAGUGAUCUCAUGUACCUGCCAAAUCAGAUAUCAAAAUAGUCAUCCAUGUAGGGAGUGCCGUAUUCAAAAAUGCUUUGAAGCUGGGAUGAAUCCGGAAAAAGUACAAGUUAAACGGGAAAAACAUCCUAAGAAGCUAAAAAUGGAACUCGCCCACGCCAGCUUAUCCAGUGCGUCUUCAUCUCAAAGCCCUCCUUCGCUACCAAUUUCACCGUUACCUUAUCAUAUUGUGAGCCGCAACAAUUCAACGAUCUCCUACAUUGUUUCAACAUGGGGAGAAGUUCAGGACAAACGGAGCGUCUUAUACAAAAAACGAUUCGAUGAUCUCACUUAUUACGAGGCUUGUGUUGCUUCUAAGAUAGAUUCUGAAAUAAUGUGGAAUGUCUGCGAAUAUAUUUUUCCGCAAAUUCAAUCGCUUUCAAAUUUGGAUAAGAAUGCUGUUUUACGAAACUUCAGCCCCAAAUGGUCCCUCCUGGCAUCGUCCAUUGAUUUUGAGAGAAAUUGUCAUCUUUAUGAAGAUGUUGUAACAGUUGACGAUUAUCUUGAUAUGAUCGUGAAAUUCUACUCCGGUUCCAUGUACGGCGAUAAUAAAAUUAGUCCAAAGGAAAUAUUAAGAGUCUUCGAGCCAUUCCUCACCUAUUAUGGAGUUGUUUUGGUACUUCCUAUGAAUGCGAAAAUGUUCAAUUCAAUUGAAUAUAUGGCUCUUGCAAUGCUUUUGCUGUUCGAUGGAGCUCAUGCCAACAUUUCUGCAGAUUGCUCGAAAAUGUGCCAUGACAUCAAAAAUGUUAUUCUGCGAGAGCUUCGUGACUAUUACAUAGACAAUGGUGUCGAUGAAAUGCGAUUUUUUGAAACUAUCGACACAGUGAAUCAUGUGGAGAAAGGGGAAAGUAAAUUUAUUGAAGAGCUGCUGGCUUGUGAGCUUCAUAAUGUGCACAUACAUGAAGAUUAUCGUCUCAUAUUACAUGAGCAAAAAUUUUAGCUUUAAUUGAAAUUGUACAAUUUUUUAAACUUUAUAAUAAAUUUAUUCAAAAUGA